AUGUCUAAUUCAAGUGAGGGGUCUUGGAGUUAUGUGGAAGUGAAUAACUACAAUUCAGAGAGAAGUGAUGACGAUAUGGAUGUAGCGGAUGUUUUGUCCAAUACAAGUAGUGAAAGUUCCCCGCAUAAUUACAAGAAUGAUGAUGAUGAUGAUGAUGAUGAUGAUGGCGAUGAUGAAUUUAAUACAUUAAGCCAUCCAAGUGUUCCAACUAAUAAUAUUGAUACCUCUUUUGAUACAUUGACUGGUUCAAAAAUUGGCAAGUCCAAGAAUUUAGUCAUACCAAAAGUAGAAGAUUUGUCUUUCUUUGCGAAUAGUGGGAACAACGAUAUUUUGAAUGGUAAAAUCUCAAAGAAUAAGUUCAAAAAUUUGCAUCUUAUUGUACUUACAUCUUUGGUUUCUGUUAUAUUGACUAUUGGUUUUGAAAAGAGCUUACAAAUGUAUAGAGAUCAGUAUUAUCAUACAACUACUACUGAUACAGAGAAUAAUGGCAUUGUAAAGGGUCCCACCGAUGAUCUAUCCGUGUCAUGGUUGAUAGAAACACAACAAACGUAUCUCAAAGUAAAAUUAAAUGAUGAUGACGACAACAAUGCAGCACUUUUGACUGAUCCGGGACCAAACAACUGGGUCCCCAAAGGUAAAUAUUACGUCGAUUUUGACAAUCGAAUUAUUGUUCCAAUAAACGAAGAUGAAUUCAAUAUAUUUCAAAGUACAAAACUUUACUGGUAUACUAUAUUAUCUAAUGUAAAAAAGAAAUAUCACGAGGACUACUAUCGUUCAAUAAGGCGUGCUAAUGAUUCCUAUAGAAAGCUCGUCAAAAUGUCAACAUAUUACUCAAAAGCUAUCAAGGGAAUGGUCAUUAGAAAUUGCUCAAAUCAAAGUAAAAGAUUAAAACAGCUAUCAAAAUCAUUUAAGUCAGUUUUUAUUAGAAAAUAUAGAUUACUUCAUUCUGAGUACCAAAAUUUUAUCAGAGGGAUAAACUCACGGUAUAUUAGAGCCAAAAGUGUUUAUAGGAACAAGAAGCUAAAAGAUUCAAUUAUGAAGAAAUACCAUCAACAUUGUCGUGUUUGUAAAUCUAACAGAAAGGCAAACAUCAGGAAGCAAGUGAAUUAA